AUGCUUCAAAAGCUCAGAUCUGAGACUGGACUGCCAUUUAUAAAGAUAAAAGAAGCUCUCCAGGAGACAGACAAUAAUCCUGAUAAGGCACUGAAGUGGUUGGAAGAAAAAUCGAUUGAGCAAAAUUGGGCUAAAGCUCAAAAACUAAGCCAACGGGCAACAUCUCAAGGAUUGGUGGGAGUAUUGAAAAAGAAAGAUUUUGUCAGCAUGGUUACUCUCCAGUGUGAAACUGAGUCAGUAGCCAAGAAUGAGCAUUUCAUCUCAUUGCUACACCAUUCAGCUCUUGCUUUACAGCAAAGACAAGAAAACGGUGUGAUCAAAGCUCAAGCUGUACUUGAUUUGACUGUGGACAACCAAUCGCUUUCAGACUUACUUACCGCUACUAUUGGCCGAUUAGGAGAAAAUAUCAAGGCUAAAGAUUGUUACGUUUAUAGACUUGAAUCUCCAAAUGUUUCGACUUCAUCCUAUCUUCAUAGGAGAACAACUUCUGAAAUCAAUGGAAUGUCGUUAGGAACUAUUGGUUCAUUGGCUGUUUUUGAAAACUUGAACAAUGAAGCUGUUGGGACAGCAAUUGCCCAGCAUAUAGUUGGAACCGAAAAUUGUGAUAAUAUGCUUGAGCAGCCGUUAUUGCAAGAUGAAUCAGUUACUGUAGGCCAACUGUGCGAGGAACAUAAUUUCAGAAUUCUUGAUCAUUAUAGGAUGUCUAUUCAGUGA